UGCGCGGAGGCCCAGUCGCGACGAACAAGGGCCGCAGGCCCGGCGCCCCGAAUCAGCAGGGUAGCUCGUGCGGAAGGUAACCGCUGCCUUAGGCCACCACUUAUCCUCGUCUCCGACCGCCAACAUUCAAACCAACCCGCCCGCCAAUGGCAGGGGGCAACGCAUGGUACGUCACCGCGUACGCGGGAGACGUAUCCCCUGCACGUAACUAGGGGGCGUGCGCGACGAGCGCUGUCACGUGAGCGGUGUCGGUCACAUGAUCGCGCUGUGGGCUUGGCUCGAGGAAGCCGGACGAGCCGCUCUCGCGAUGGACAGCAGGAUCCCUUAUGACGAUUAUCCCGUCGUCUUCCUACCGCCCUAUGAGAACCCGCCGGCCUGGAUCCCCCCCCACGAGAGAAUUUACCACCCUGACUACAAUAAUGAGUUGACCCAGUUUCUGCCUCGCACCAUAGUACUGAAGAAGCCUCCAGGGGCUCAGUUGGGCUUCAAUAUUCGAGGAGGAAAGGCCUCCCAGUUGGGGAUCUUCAUCUCCAAGGUGAUCCCUGACUCUGAUGCACACAGAGCAGGGCUGCAGGAGGGAGACCAGGUCCUGGCAGUUAAUGAUGUAGAUUUCCAGGACAUUGAGCACAGCAAGGCUGUGGAGAUCCUGAAGACUGCCCGUGAGAUCAUCAUGCGAGUACGUUACUUCCCCUACAAUUACCAAAGACAGAAGGAGAGAACUGUUCACUAACGAAGUCCUCCCUAGUAAUGGCUGCUGUGCCCCCAGUUUCAUUGGGUCACAGCAAGAAGACUGCUCUCCUCAGAACUGGGGAGACUUGACACUAAAUUAGAUUUUCCUUCAAGUUUCAGCUUUGGGCAGAGGUGAAGCUAUCUGCUGACUCUAUAGGCCUCAACUCUCAAAGAUCCCAGCUCUGAUCUUUGUAAUAAUGGACACAAACUCUUCCUGCUUUUUGCAUCAUGGAGUCAAAGCUGUGGUAGGAGAGGGAUCUGACUCUUAAUUUCUGGUUUAGGUACUGAGCUGAAGAGGUUGAUGGAGAAGUGGGAUUUGGCGGAUGCUGAGAAAUGAACAGUGGCUUCUCUGGCCACACAUAUACCUAUGGGGUGUCUGUUCAGUAUGUGAUUGCAUCUUUUAAAGGAGAUUAUGGGAUCCUAGUCUUUCCCUUCUCAACAAGGCAUGGGGCCAAAGAGGGAGGGUCUAUGUACAUGGCCCACAGAGUUUGAUUUAGAGCACAAGAUGAUGGGAGUGGGGUGCUGAAUGUAACCCAAGCACAGAGCAGGUUUUCUCUUUCCAACAUGGUCUUGAACGUCUUUUGCCCUACACAACAUGCACUGCACUUCAAAAUUGUACAACACUAAUGAAGCAGCUGGCAUGAGGCAGAUAAGCUGCUGUCAGCCAUUGUCAAGGCUUGUGCCUGCCCAAUUUACCAUCCCCUGGAGUUUCCUUUAAAAGUAGGUGCUGCAUCUUUUUCACAGCUCAAUAGUGUUUGGACAGAGACAACAAGAAUCCUAUGGGUGGGGAUGAAUUGAUUCGUUCUCCCCCACUGGUGGUCACUUGCUGCAGCCUGACACAGGCACCUUCCCCUAUUCUAAAAGGUGAAUAUGCUGUUCAGCCCCUUUCGUAAACAUGGCUUGAAAUCCUCCCACUUAUCUACUGCUCAAGCUGCUUCUUUCUAGAAUAAUGGAUUGGCUGGGAUCCAGGGAAGAGUAGGUAACUUCACUGAACUAGGGUAUCCAUACAGCCGUCUUUCUGGAUUUUAGGAAUACAGCAUGCUUAUAUCCCUUCAUGAUUUAAUAACCCCCUUGAAGUAAAUCUGGGGACAUUUUCCAAAUUAUGCAGUUACCAAACACACCACCACUCUGUUCGACUCCUCCUGUGACACGGCUGCUUUUAUUGUUAAACAUUUUACACUGCUGCUGUGGUAGAUACCUGAAGGUCCACUCAGAUCUUUUCCCUGUAGGAUUCCCAGAGUUGUACAUGCAUCCCUCUUGUUCCAUCCACAUAGGUUAUGUGAUUUGCCUGCUACCGCAUUAACUGGAUGUUGCCUGUUUAUGAAUGUCAAGAGAACCCACAUGCCCUAUGUGG